AUGGCUACAGAUGAAGUUACAGGAGGGGCUCGCAAAGCUACGAAAAGCAAACUUUUUGAGUUUCUGGUCCAUGGGGUGCGCCCUGGGAUGCCAUCAGGUGCUCGAAUGCCCCAUCAGGGGGCUCCAAUGGGUCCCCCAGGCUCACCAUAUGUUGGAAGCCCCUCAGUGCGCCCUGGAAUGCCCCAAACAGUGAUGGAACCCACACGAAAACGCACAGCACCUCAGCAGGUACAACAACAGCAGGCGCAACAGCAAGUGCAACAGCAGCAGCAAGCAACUCAGACCCGAACCCGGAGUGCCAAGAGGAGGAAGAUGGCUGACAAAAUUCUCCCUCAGAGGAUCCGGGAGUUGGUUCCUGAGUCCCAGGCCUACAUGGACCUGUUAGCCUUUGAACGCAAACUGGACCAGACCAUUAUGAGGAAGCGGGUGGACAUUCAGGAAGCCCUGAAGAGACCGAUGAAGCAAAAACGGAAACUGAGGCUUUACAUCUCCAACACCUUUAACCCUGCAAAAUCUGAUGCUGAUGACUCUGAUGGCAGCAUUGCAUCCUGGGAGCUGCGAGUGGAAGGGAAGCUUCUGGAUGAUCUCAGCAAACAGAAGCGGAAGUUUUCCUCCUUCUUUAAAAGUUUGGUCAUUGAGCUGGACAAAGAUCUUUAUGGACCUGACAAUCAUUUGGUGGAGUGGCAUAGAACUCCUACUACCCAGGAGACUGAUGGCUUCCAGGUGAAGAGGCCUGGUGAUGUGAGUGUGCGGUGCACACUUCUCCUCAUGUUGGAUUACCAGCCUCCACAGUUUAAACUGGACCCACGACUGGCCCGUUUGUUGGGAAUACACACACAGACCCGAUCAGCAAUUAUCCAGGCCCUCUGGCAGUACAUCAAAACAAACAAACUGCAAGACUCCCAUGAUAAGGAAUACAUCAACUGUGACAAAUACUUCCAGCAGAUCUUCGACUGUCCACGGCUAAAAUUUUCCGAAAUUCCUCAGAGACUCACUAAUCUGCUGCUGCCUCCAGACCCCAUAGUUAUAAACCACAUCAUCAGUGUUGACCCCAAUGACCAGAAAAAGACAGCGUGUUAUGACAUUGAUGUGGAAGUUGAAGAUCCCUUAAAAGGACAAAUGAGUAGCUUUCUCCUCUCAACAGCCAACCAGCAGGAGAUCACAGCACUGGACAACAAGAUUCAUGAGACAAUCGAAUCUAUAAACCAGCUAAAAAUACAACGUGAUUUCAUGCUGAGUUUCUCCAAAGAUCCCAAAGGAUACAUUCAAGACCUUCUCCGAUCCCAGAGCAGGGAUCUCAAGGUGAUGACUGAUGUGGUUGGGAACCCUGAGGAGGAGCGUAGAGCUGAAUUUUAUCAUGAGCCCUGGUCCCAGGAGGCUGUGAGCAGAUAUUUCUACUGUAAGAUCCAACAGCGCCGGCAGGAACUGGAACAGUCUCUGGGAGUGCGUAACACAUAA